AUGAAACAUGUGCAACACGUGCAAAUGCUCCUUUUGUGCAUUCUUACGCUUCUACUUAGCGAAAACAGAAAUGGCGUUAAUAACAUGGGGGUGAAGAGGCGCAGGUCCGAAUUUGCCCCACAAUGGAGGACAAGUGGAAGAGAAGAAAAAAGGAGAAAAAGAGCCAAGUGGAUAGAAAAAAAAACGCUGUUUCUGUAUCUUCCAAAUAGGAACACGUGGAAAAAAAACGUAGGAAGCGCAUGUGAGGAAGGGGAAGACAGAUUGAGGGCAGGACACUUGAACAGGGGUAGAAAAGGGAAACGACUUUUUUUCGAAAGAAAUGGAAUAAACGUCCCACAAGAUGUUGCCAUGUUUGGCAAGAUGAAUAUAUACUACGUGAGGGAGAGCGUGUAUGAUCGGGCCAAAAAUAAUUUAGUGCCAAAUGAAGUGCACUCUGAGAAUAUCGAGGAGUUGGAGCAGUUAGAGGAGGAGGGCAUGGGGGGGAGAAAUGACAACGGUGUAGUUCAGGGGGGAGAUGGGCGCAAGGAGGACGCCUCCUCGGGCGAAUUGAAAAAUGCAAUGGAUGCACAUGGAUUAAAAACGGGAGAGGCCCAAACAGGGGACCCAGCCGCCUCCGGAGACAACGUCUUCAAAUACAUUAAUCAAGACCGAGACUACAUCGCGCGAGUGGGCAACUCGCCCAAGGUUGAUGUGUACGAACGGAGGUACCGAGCGGACCAACAGAAGCUGGAACGCAUGUUCGAAAAUAUUAAUGAAGUAAACAUACAGCUGCUGAAGGAUGUCAAGAGUAUUGACGAGAAGGAAAAACUCAUAAACAAAAAGGUGAUACAAAAAGUGAGGGAAGAUAUUAAAAGGUACCAGGAAAAAGAUGAAAUUAUGGACAUCCAUGGGAAUGUAGUUAAGCCCUCUGAGGUUUCCCCCUCCAGUAGUAUCGGAAGAGGAAAAGGGGGGAAGGAUGACGCGAAACAGAAAAAUGACCCACUUGCCGAUAUGGAUGAAGAAGAAAAAAAUGAAGUCAUCAAAAAGCUAUACAUGGUUGAAAAAAAAACAGAUAAAUAUUUAGAAGAAAAUGUUUACUUGGUAAUACAGACAUGGCUACCUGACAUGAGAAUAGACGACACCCUCAUCGUCAUCGACAACGUUGAAAAAUUUUACAACGAUUUUGACAUACAUAAAUAUUAUGAACAAUUCAGGCAAGAAAAGGAUAAAAAUUUUGUACACGAUUUGGAUGCUCAUGUAAUUGAGAAUGUGCCAAAUGAUAUUAAUGAUGAUCCGGAAGUGGAAUGUGAGCACGUCAAUUCUUAUAACAGUACAUAUAACAAAUUAAACAAUUAUAAUUUGAAGAGGUGUACUUACACUUACACGACGAAUGAUAAUAUGGAUACAAAAUUUACGAAGAAUGAGCCUAUGCCUCCUGUUGUUAUAAUUAACACAAGAAAAAAUUUCAUGAUCCAAGAAUGGGAAUGCAAAAAUUUCAAGAAUAGACAGAAAAGAAACAAAUCUCAAGAAUACACGAGGAUUCAGAGAGCAUUUCGACCCUUUUCCUAUGUCGACCUUAGUGACAUAACAUGCAUUUAUAAAAAUAAUUUUCUUCAAUUGAAAAUGAAAAUGUGCCAUCGGAAGUAUAAGGAUGAUGUGUACCCUUUUUUUGUUCCUAUUAAUAAAACCCCAGAUGAACUCCUGGAUUUCCAGGGGUAUAAAAAAAAUGGGGAUUAUGCUUGGUCCUUUUUUUGGCACCAUUUUAAAUAUGACCAGGACACGGACUAUGGAUUCCUAAACAGAAACGUAAAACUCAACUUGACGGAAACCAAAUUUGAAAACGUCAACAAGAAGAAGUCUAAGAAAAUUAUGCGCAAAAUUUUGAAGGAAACCAAAGGGGUCUAA